AUGUUGGCAAGACCAAAUCUCUGCUUGGGCCGCUGGCGGCCAACAUUCAGGGUUUUCACAGCAUUACAGAACCAGUACAUUCAUGCGCAUCCAGCAUUGGCCUCUCAAUCAUUCAAAAAAUGCCUGUCAUAUAAUACUCGCCUCAACCAGUCUGGAAGACAAACCAAUCCGGAUUCCACCGAGGUGUCUUUGGACUCACAAAGCCAACGACGAAGAGGAAGUAGACUCCCCGCAGCUCCUACUUCACUGCGGCGUGUAGCAGUUGAAGCCCAAAGAUCGAAGGAUGGCUUCAUUUCCAAGGCGUUGCUACGCGAGCAGGGACUACAUCGAACUAAGACAGUGACUGCGUACGCUGUGGCCGAACAAUUCAACAUACGCCAGGUCCGAGACAUCUUGCAAGAGAAAGGAUACGAACCAGACCCAUUGGAGACCGGACUUUUCCCCCAAGUUGUUCAUGUUCAGAUCCCCACAGACUCCAUACGUCGCGUGACCAACCCGUCCAGUACAGAUCUACCAUCCGAUGAGGUGGGCGAUGUCUUCGUCUUUCCGUCCGGCACAGUGGUGGCGUGGUCGCUACCGGAAGGAUUUACGUCCUACCUAGCAACACGCACUCUUUUGCCCGCGGCAGAGGGUGCUCAUGUGGAUGAGCUGGAAACAGAAGACUUGGAAUUUGUGGAGGACCCCAAGAGGGACAACAGUAUCAUCAAAGGAGACACGAUCAUCUUGGGAACAAACUCUGGAAUGAAUGAAGGACUGUCAGCCCCGCAGCAAUCUGUUGAUACGGUUUUGACCAAGGUCGCAUUCUCGUCCGGCCUCGCUCGAAGCACGAAGCUGGCUGUUCUCGAAAGCCUCCUUUCCAACUAUUUUGAGUCCACUCGGCCGAUACCGACCCUUCUCUCUCAAGGGUCUAGACUUCCUUUCACGCGAGACUUUAUUCUUCGGAAAACCGGGCAACUUCUCAGUGUUCGGGCACAACUCAAUCUUUACUCGGAGCUUACGGACUCUCUUCCCGACAUAUUCUGGGAUAGCCGCCAUGAGCUUGGUCUGGAGGGAUACUACGAACAAGCUGGACGGGCUUUGGACGUUGGCAUCCGCAUCAAGCUUCUGAACGAGAAAAUGGACUAUGCACAAGAGAUUGCGAGUGUGCUCCGGGAGCGUCUCAGUGAGACGCAUGGCCUCCGACUGGAGUGGAUCAUCAUUCUGCUGAUCGCGGUGGAGGUUGGAUUCGAGGUCAUGCGGCUAUGGAAGGAGAGAAUUCACGAACAAGAGGAGAAUGCGCGGAAGAGUGAGGUGCAUGAUUGA